AUGGGGGCAGUGGGUUCGAUGGCGCUCUACGGAGCGCCAGUGUGGACGGGCGACCUGAUGGCACCAAGCCAAAGACUUCUGAUGGGGCUACAGCGGAAGCUGGCCAUCAGGAUCGUCCGCGGAUAUCGUACUGUCCCAUUGGAGGCGGCGUUAGUGGUGUCGGGAUCAAUCCCUUGGGACCUGCUGGCGGAAGCGUAUCAAGAAAUGUACGACCAGAAGAGUGACCUCCGCCGGUGGGGACUGGUGAUGACACCAAAGGCGACGGAGGCAGCCCGGCAAAGGACCAAACAACGCGCGGUGGCAAAAUGGUCGGAGGAUUUACUCCGACCAAGAGCCGGAGUGCGCACAGUCCAAGCCAUCCAGCCAAUUUUUCCAGAAUGGUUGUCGAGAAAACCCGGACUUUCGUAUAGGGUCGUGCAGGUGAUGGGUGCUUCGGUGAGUAUCUGCACGACAAAGCAAGGAGGGAGCCGACAACAAAAUGUCACCACUGCGACGAGGUCAGGGACACGGCGCAACAUACAGUUGAAUUCUGCCCAGCCUGGGCAGAACAGCGCCGUGCCCUGA